AUGGCUUCAUCAUCUUCCGACUUCUUUGGCGAGUUGCCUCCUCAGCGCCGCAGAAGCAUGUCUGAUGCUGCCAUCGAAUACACAUUCGUUCAGCCAAUUGCUCCAGAACACAUCGAGGCUCCUCUCUCGGAACACAUCGAGGCUCCUCCCUCGGAACACACCGAAGCUCUUCCCUUGGAGCACACCGAGGCUCCUCCCUCAGGUCCCCAAGCUACCGAAGGAGCCAGUGCCGCUGCUCCACCAGCUGAUGUGGAUGCUAUUCCCAUCGAUGGCAGUCGUGAGACCUCCAGUCUGAGCGAUGAAGAAAGCGCACCUACCGGUAGCGAGCAUUUCAGCGAGACCGAGACCAACACCGAUCCUUCGUCUCCCAAAGAACCAACCUACUGGUACGGAAUCCUGGUCACUGCCGACAACGCACAGUCUCUGUACGCCCCAGACGCCUGUCUGUUUGUUGCAAAUCUGGAUCGUUCUCGCACCGCAACCGAGCUCACCGACGAGGUCCAACGCAUCUUCGCACAGAUCGGAGAGUGCUGGGUCAAGACUCGCUUCGAUGCAAAGAACAUCCCUGUUGCUUUCGCACAGUACAAGACCAGCGAAGAAGCGGAUGAAGCCAUGGCGUUGCUUCAGGGUAGCCCAAUCUUCGGACGCGCCUGCCGCAUCGAACGCGCCAGUGCCCCAAGAACCGUAUACGUUCAGCGCAGAGACGGCAUGGAGUUGCACAUCCCAAUGCCAAUGCAUCAGCUUGGCCUGUUCGGCAGAGUCGAGCACUUUUGGACUCCGAACGAGACGGAGAGAGCUUUGCACAACCUGCCUCUGGGCUCGUUCUUCCGAUUCGCCUUCUAUCAGCACUGUCAAGAUGCUGUAAGAGCGCUUCGCAAUGAUGAACACCACAUCUACACACUGCAACACGCCAACCGUCCCGUGAACAUCCCCAACAUGGGCCCCAUCGGUCCUGAGGUGGAUCCCAAAGCAAUCUAUGUUGGCGAUCUGCCUCUGUACAUCAACGAGCAGCAACUGCGCUACAAGUUCGGCUACUUCGGAUGGAUUGUUAACGUGGAAGUGCGCCGCUUGGUCAGAAGAAGGAUUGCGUUUGCCUACAUCUACUUCGCCGAAGACUGGUCCGCAACCAUGGCUCUUACAGACCCUUACCCGUACGUUGCCGGGGAGUACCUAUCCCGCGUAGAGCCCAAGCGUGUGACCCCUCACAACCAAUACCCUGGCCGCACCAACUACACCUACAUCCCGGGCAACCCCUCAUACCUCCCUCGCAACAUGCGCGCUCCUCAGUAG